AUGAGUUUGCUGCUGCCGCCACAGACGCCCGUCUUCCCCCACCAACGCGAAAAUCAUCGGCCAUCUCCCCAACGAUCCGGUGCGUGCAUGGCCGUCCCGCGACGAAGAAUUCUCUGCCGCGGUCCACUAAUCCUGCUGCUAGCCUGCCCACUUCCUGGCGGUCCCAUGGCCAACCGCAAACGAAAGGCCGACGAAGAUGGCGAUGAAACCAUGUCUCCCAUGAGCUCUCCGGCCGUCUCCUCUAGAACGCUCGCCCGCCCGUCGAAAAAGGUACGGGCCAACGUCGAGCUCUUCGGCCGUCCGCUCCCCCUCCCUCGCCUGCUCGAGACGCUCGACACCGACCAGCUCCGCCUCGUCCUCGAGCACAUCUGCGAACGCCAUCCCGACGUCGGCCACGAGGUCGUCUCCGGUGCACCCCGUCCCACCGUCGCCUCGGCCCUCAAGGUCCUCCAAGGGUACCAAGACAAGCUCAAGGCCGCCGUCCCCUACGGCGAGUCGAGCCCGGAGUACACCUACUAUCGAAUCAGGGACGUCCUCGUCGCCCUCCUCGACGCCCUGUCCGACUUUACGCACCAGUUUCUCCCCCCAACCGAGGCCCAGGCGACCAAGUCGCUGCAGUUCCUCGACGGCGCCACCGAAAUCAUCCACAGCCUGCCCGACUGGCAAGCCCAGGCCUACCGGCACCACAAGGACACCGCCUACGACGACAUCGCCAGGGCCUGGGUUCUCGUCAUCAACGAGGCUGGCAAGAGAGGUGGAGGCAUCAACUUGCAUUCGGGUGCGUGGGAUCGCAUCCUCGCCAGGCACAAUGACCAAUCCGCCGGUCGUCUUGCCGCCGCUGUCGCCGCCAUGGGUACCAGCGUCGGCUGGAUGGCCUCCGAUCAGCCCUCGCCCGAGCAAAACUCCAUCUUGAACCAGCUCAUGUCGGGCACGUACGGCUCCCCCGUCCGAGUCGGACCUUGGUAG